AUAGAAAAAGAUGAGUGAAUGACGUUUCUAAAUACUAAAACAACAUCAUCAACUUAAUGGAAUAAUCAAUUCUUCAACUUCAUCUCCUGAACCUGUAAUAACCCGGAACCUCGAAGAGAGAAGCUUUGGAGAAACAGAGGAAGUGGAAGGAUAGGCAGGGAGAAGGAAAGAAGGAAGGAAGGAAGAUAAUUUAAGACUAUUCCAGUGUGAUGCUGCCGCGGUGGUCGCCGUCGGUCCAGCAGCUGCAGGCAGGAACAGUCGAGGGAAUUGGUCCUGUGGAUCUGAGGAGACGCUGACCUGAGGAGCAGCCCACGCUGGCCGAUACCCAGGCCAUGAACGGGCCCCAUGACCGGGCCCGAACCCGCUUCCUCCUCCUCGAAGAACGCGAUCCUCCGCGAUUGCAGUCCUCGCAACGCCCUGCCGAGGACACGGCGUCGUCGUCAUCCCCGAGGAGCACCCAGCCACACUCGUCUGCAUCACUGAGGUUCACCGGACGUGGUCAAAACAGUUGGCGGAGAAGAAGAGACUCUAGUCAUCAUCGACGAUCUUACACUAAGAUCGACAAAGCCUUUCUCGUCAUUGCUAUCGCCGCUCUUUCCUUGGCACUGGUUACACAUCCAGUUUCCGGUUUGUCGUCGAGCGAGGCGAGUGUUACUUCUUCUUCUUCUUCUUUUUCUUCUUCUUCUUCUUCUUCUUCAUCGUCAUCGUCCUCUUCUCCUUCCGGUCUUGGUCUCGCUGCGUCAACCAGAUCCGGAUUAUCUAACAAAGGUGCAACGGCUAACGUUGAUGGAUCUGUGAUUAACGCCGGUGCAGGUGUAGGUGCAGGCAGCAUAGAUCUACUCACCAUAUUACAACUUCACAACACAACGCGACAAGGCGUCAGUCGGACUCAAGGAUUGGUCACCAUCAAACCCGCUUACUAUCUGCAAGGUGACGACAGAGAGCUUCGGGUUAGCGAAGCGGGAUUUCAAAGAGCUGCGGCAGUUCUUCGGCAGGUUCCGGAGUUCACGGUAGCUGCAGCUCUUCGUCAGGAAGAGGCCAAUUCCGGUACAAUAAUCGCCUUUUCACACGGGAACAACAGGUAUCUGGAGCUGCAGAGCAGCGGUCGGAAGGACGAACUUCGGCUCCACUAUCUUUCCAGGAGGGACGGAGCCGUUCAUGUCGAGGCGUUUCCAUUCCGAUUAGCCGAUGGCGCCUGGCAUCGGGUCGCCCUCAGCAUAAGCGGAUCCCAGGUUGAGCUUUUGGUCGAUUGUCAUCCGCUCUACAGGCGUUUGCUGCGACCCGGGCCUCCGGAUACCAACUUCACGAUACCUCAGCUUCAGCUCUGGGUCGGGCAACGAAGCGCCAAGCAUUUCUUGUUCAAGGGUGCUUUACAAGACGUCAAGCUUAUCCCAGGUCCCCACGGAUAUCUGUCACAGUGUCCGCAGCUUGACUCUUCCUGUCCAACCUGUGGCCAAUUUUCCAUGCUCCAAAACACGGUCGAACAACUUAUGCAGAACCUAAACGAGCUGACGCAAAAGUUAACAGCGGCCGAAGGUAGGAUAAGCAAAGUGGAGGAGUGCGAGUGCCAAAAAUCUUGCAGAGCAAACGGAACUCUUCACGAAGACGGACUUAACUGGAAGAAAGGCUGUCUAAAGUGUUCCUGCACUCACGGGAAGAUCGAAUGCGAACCGGAAUGGUGUCCGCCUGCCCCAUGCAAAAACCCCUACAUACCCGAGGGUAAAUGCUGUCCGGAUUGUCGCAAACAAUGCUAUCGGGACGGGGUUCUUUACGACCACGGUGACAAGUUUGCACCAAAACCCUGUUCCCUCUGCGUGUGUAACGACGGUGUCCUCACCUGUAAGUCAACACCGCCCGAAAAAGUCUGUCCCUCUUUGAAGUGUCCGCCUAGCGAGCAAAUCAGCGUCGCGGAUGAAUGCUGCAAGUUUUGCCCAGGGGUGAAUUACUGCGCUCAAAAGCAUAAUUGUCACGUCAACGCGUCUUGCUUGAAUCUUCAGACAACGUACGCCUGUCAGUGUAACGCUGGUUAUCAAGGAGACGGACGUAAUUGUCACGACGUCGACGAGUGCAAACACCAAGGGGGCUUCAACGGUCAUCACUGCAACGCCAAUACCAAAUGCGUCAACACCAACGGGUCAUACAUUUGCGAAUGUUUGCAAGGAUAUCGUAGAGUAGAUAAGUACAAUUGCGCUGAACUCGACGAAUGCUCAACGGGCAAUCACAAAUGCCACGAAAACGCGAUGUGCAUAAACACGGUGGGUAGUUAUCACUGCGUGUGUCGGGACGGAUAUAAAGGAGAUGGAAACACGUGUACACCGGUCUGCGACCGACCUUGUCAGAACGGCGGAGAGUGCGUUGCGCCUGGAAAAUGCUCCUGCAGACGAGGCUACGUUGGCUCAAGCUGUGAACUUGACCUCGACGAGUGCGCCAGCGAUCUUCACAGAUGUCAUCAUUCUUCGACCUGCUACAACAUGCAGGGGUGGUACUAUUGCCGAUGCAAGCCCGGCUAUCAUAGCGCCUUCCACGACACCACGCAGGGCACUCAGUGUCAGGAUAUCGACGAAUGCAACGAUCAGACCAAUGGCCUAAAACACACCUGUCAUCCCAGCUCUCAGUGCGUCAACACUAUCGGCGGUUACAUGUGUGCCUGUCCCCCAGAACGCGGGCCGGAUUGUAAACUGAGCUGCAUGUUCGAGGAAAAGGAAAUUGAGAACGGGAAAACGGUCGUCCCUGCUGGGUAUCCCUGCAGGCGAUGCACCUGCCUCGAUGGCGUUAUCACUUGUAGAGAUCCCACUUGUAACUGUAGUGAUACUGCGAGCCAGAGAGACAAGUGCUGCCCACAGUGCGAUCCUUUGGCAUCGUGCAGACAUCAGGAUCUCUAUCAUCUUAUAUUUAGGAGCGGUGAAAGGUGGAUAUAUCAGUGUCAAACUUGCGAGUGUUUGAACGGAGAAAUAGACUGCUGGGAAAUGGAAUGUCCACCUGUGACGUGUUCCAAUCCUGUUACCGAGGACGGCGACUGUUGUCCUAGAUGCGAGGAUGACCCUUGCGCCAGAGAAUUAUCAAACAAUGGGACUUCCCUUAUAUCUAGUCAUCCUCAGCCGUGCAGUUACGCGGGUAUAAUGCAUGAGAGUAGCAGCUCGUGGCAAGAUCCGCACGACAAAUGCACAACGUGCGAGUGCAAGGUGCCGUACUGCGCCCAAUUGGUGAGCAAUAGCGCGUGUUGUGUGCAUCGGAUGGGCAGUUAUGCUGCAGUUACGAUUACCACUGUGCUGGUGAUGAUAUCGGCCAGCGGGCGGGAGAGCUUCGCAGCUCUAGCAUACUGGGUGUGUCGAGGACUGCGUCAUUUGGUACAUCGGAAGCAGCGCUACCAGCGGUCAACCUGGGGGGUGGCAAAGAUUUAUUAUCACCACCUGCCAGAGCUCAGAACUCUUUGCUUUUUACUAAAAGUGGUGAUAUCGAUGGUAAAAUGCCCGUUGAUUAUCGGGGUAAUAGUGGCGGUGUUAGUAGUGCGUAUAAUAAUAAUAACAACAACAAUAAUAAUAAUCAUAACAACAACAACAAUAAUCGUAAGAACAAAGGUCGGCAGAGCGCUGCCAAGCAUUUAGUACAGAGUUUCUCAGCGCCGGCGACGGCUUACUCGUCCCCAAAGUCAACAACGCGUCGGAGGUCGACAGCCAAAAGAGGCGGAGCGACUUGAACCUCUAUAAGUUUAAAUAUCGUCAGGCAGCAUUCCACGGCUGGGAGGUUCUGAACGUUGGUAUUUAUAUACGCGGUACAAAUGUGUCGUUUAUGCGUAUCGUACUAAAGAUAAAUGAAAUUAAAUACGUCGCAGGCCUCUCUAGCAAUUAAAUCAAAUUAAAUGAAAUCUCUCCUACUCAAAUCUCUAGCCACUAUACAUACAUAUAUAUAUAUGUGCUACUGCAUUACGCUCUGAUUGUCCUAUGCGUCUGUGUGUGCGUGGUGCGUGAGUGCGCGUGAUUGUUGGGCGGAUUUAAGAAUUGAGUAAAACGAAAGCGUUAUAUACCUGUACAUGUAUACAUGUGAAAAAAUGUGUCCUCCGCUUAAAGAUUUUUUUAUUUAUAUAUUUUAUUCACAAACCUGGCGAAAGGAAGAUAAAAUUUUAACUUCGGCGUUAUAGCUUAAAAUAUAAAUGUUAUAUAAUAUUGAAUAACAAUUAAUGUAUUACUCACGCAGGUAGAUAGUGACAGCUGGAGAAAUAGAGUAUGUUGCCAUUUAUUCCUGGUCGUUCGAAUCGCGAACACAACAAAACUGACAAAUGAAACACAACAACGCAGGCACAGAUUUUCGGUGUAAAUUUGAAGUAAAGAUUAUUUUCAAAUCACUGUUGUAAUUGUAAUAGGUAACAGCCAAUUGGGUGGUAAUAAUUAUUAGUAUUACAAACGAGCUUUGUAAAUUACAAAUGAAUACGUUAAGCUUGCUCAAUUCUUAUCCUUGCUCAACUACGCAACCACCAAGUACAUUCCUCCUUUACUAAUUAGGCGUUAUACAUAUACAAGUAAAUAUACCUAGGUAAUUUAAAUGAAAAGUAAAAUGAAUAAAAAAUCAUAAAAACUUAAUCAAAGUGAACGAUAUCUCCAGGCUAAUGGCUUAUCUGCAUCGUUAUAGCACAACAGAGAAAUUUACCAGGUUUAAUCAUUUGUUCAAUGUGCAAUAAUUUAUCGUAAAAACUGCUUAUAAUUUAGACAUAAUUGUUAACAUUGAUUUAGAAUUUUUUCUCUAUCUUCUCGUUUCUCAUUCCGCGUUUCGUUUAUUUUUUUGACUAUUUUUGUCCCUUUCAUUUUGUAUGUUCUUGCGAUGAAAAUAUCGCGUCAUUUUUUUUUUCACUUCUUCUUCAAUUAGGAAGAAAGUAACAAACAGAGACAAAAUUGUGCCGUUGAAUGUGUAAAAUUUGUCGAAAUUCAAGCUCUUAUUGCUUUUCCAGGAGCAGCUCAACAACUAGUAUCGAAAGAAAUUGGAGAAACCGGGACACAAAAUCGUCGAGAGAACAAAUAGAAUAACAGUUUUUCACUGUAGUGAUCUCUUAUCACUGUUGAAAAAGGCAAAUAUUUAUUCAACGAUAGCGAGUAAAAUAAUUAGUAUCUGGAUGAAGGCGAACGAUACGGGUAACAAUUCAAGCGAAAAAUAAAUUAAUUCUGUUUGGAUUACAACUUGGUACUUAGAUCUAAACGCCGGUUUAAGAGGUA